CCAAUCCCUAAAGAUUCCAUUCCCCUUUCUAAAUCCUCUCUCAUCUUCCAUUUUCUUACAAUAUUAAUAAUUUUUUAUUUCAAAAAAACAAAAGAAAUUGAAAAGAGCGCGCGUAAAAAGUCAAAGGAGCCCAAGCAGUCAUCUUUCACACCUUCCUGGCCAAGUUCUUCCAGACUUUUCAAUGGUUCUUUCUGCAUCUCUUCACGGCUGUCUUGCAGCAAUCGGUCAAGGUCAACCUCCUAGGAAGCCUACCUCAAUCCAUCCUAGGGCCGGUGUUCGCUCCUCUGUUUUUCUUCCUGUUUCUGGCAAUGUCUAUCCUCUUGGGUAUUAUUCUGUGACAAUUGGUAUAGGCAACCCACCUAAGCCAUUUCAACUUGAUAUUGAUACUGGCAGUGACCUCACUUGGGUCCAAUGUGAUGCUCCUUGUACUGGUUGCACCUUGCCUCGUGAUCAACUUUACAAUCCGUCUAAGAAAAACUUUGUGGACUGCAAGGACCCCAUAUGUGUUGCAGUUAACUCUCCCAAUCCACCUCAAUGCAAGAACCCUAAUGAAAAAUGUUGCUUUCAAGUUCAAUAUGCUGAUCAUGGUUCAGUUCUUGGUUUCAUUGUCUCAGACACCUUUCCCCUACGACUUGUCAAUGGCACCCUUUCUAAACCUCAUUUGGCCUUCGGGUGUGGACAUCGUCUUCAAAACCGUGGUCUUCACCCUCCAACUCCUACUGCCGGAGUCCUCGGGCUUGGCAAAAGUAAAGCAAGCAUCUCAUCACAAUUGAGUAGCAUGGGUGUAACCAAAAAUGUGUUUGGCCAUUGCCUCGGUGAUAAUAGAGGGUUUUUGUUCUUUGGGGCUGAUUUCGUCCCAAAAUCGGGAAUGACUUGGACACGGAUGUUACAAAGUUCCUCUGAUAAACAUUAUUCAUCCGGUCCGGCAGAACUUCUUUUCGGUGGGAAGCCUACUGGUAUUAAAGGCGUUAACGUUAUCUUCGAUACUGGUUCCACUUACACUUACUUGAAUUUAAAAGUUUAUGAAACCGUACUUAAUCUGAUAAGGAAAGAUCUCAGUGGAAAGCAACUACAUGAUGUGAAAGAUAAAGCUCUACCGAUCUGCUGGAAAGGCACUAAGCCUUUCAAAUCCAUGCGAGAUGCUCGGAACUAUUUCAGCACCUUUGCAUUGAGUUUUACAGGCUCAAGUAACGUUCAGCUACAGCUACCACCUGAAAAUUAUCUCAUUGUCACUGAACAAGGAAAUGUUUGCCUUGGAAUUCUGAAUGGCGCUGAAGCCGGACUAGGAACUACCAAUGUGAUUGGAGAUAUUUCAUUGCAAGGCAAACUGGUGAUAUACGACAACGAGAAUCAGAUGAUAGGAUGGGCUAAUGCGGAUUGUAAUCGCAAGUUUGGCGCAUUUUGAAUCUUUUUCUCUUGUAAUAUGCUACAGGAACUUGUUUGGAAGAAAAAAAAAACUAAAUAAAAUGCAGUAAAAAAAAAAAUACAUAGCUUCUUCAUUUAGCAGAGGCCAGAGGGUACAUAGUGUUUGUUUAGUAAUAGAAGCCUCUCUUAUUUCCAUGA